UAUCUUGCCGGCGCGCUCGGCCUUUCAGACGCUACCGAACGCCGGUGCGCUCUUGUACGGUGCCGCGUGUUCCCGGGUCUCACGCUCGAACCAGUUCCACGGAGGUUCUCGUACCGAUUUUCCGCCGGUCCCCAGAGUUCGAUUUCGCGCGGUCGUCGACAGUGCCCUUGAAAGGGAUCGCGGAGAACCUAAAUCCUGACCCGACCUCGUGAUGCGUUCCCGCUGACGGGUCACCCGACGGAGAAACCGACCAAAGUGCAACGCGUACGGGAUCGAAGAGUGGACAGACGGCGUGGUAAAGGGCGAAGAGGUCGCGGGAAUACUCUUCGCCGGCAGACAAGAUGAGGGACUUCGUCUCGCCGAAGAGUUGCUUGUUCCUCCUGCUAAUAGCGGCGGCCAGCCUCGCGAAUGCCUUCGAGAAUGACGACUUGGUGUUCGAUCAGGAGGUUAGACAAUCCCCCGACGAAACGCCUACGAUCGUGAUCCAUCAAGAGGAGUCCUUUCUCCAUAGAAUAAAGCGAAGCGUGGUAGACUUUUUUGCCCCAGCGACAACCACGACCGAAACGCCACCAGGCCAAAAAGAGGACGCAACGAAGGACGAGCUUCAAAAUGAGUCGCCGGUCGAACUCGACGAUGACAUAGAACCUGGAGCGGCCAACGACAAGGAGUUGGCUAAUUUGAAGCGGCUGACUCGCGACAACGGCGAGGAAAAGGAAGAAGCUGACGAGCAUAACAACGAGAUCGGUAACGCCGCCGAGAGUCGUAGGGAUCCACCAAAGUUUGGAAACACGGACGACGAGGACUUGGCUGGGUCUGGGGAGGUUGAAGGCAGCGCCACGGAAGUGACACUACUACCUUUCGGUCCACCAAGAACUUACGGAAGAUAUUACCGGAUAACCUUGACAGUCGGUGAACCGUACAAGCCCAAGUACACGAUCAGAAAUAGUCGGGAAUACAAGGAACUGAGCGCCAAUUUAACGCAGGCCAUCGAAGAGUUAUUCGUCCAUCACAUCCCCGAGGAGAGCCAUCAUGCCAACGUCGUUAAGAUAACGCCGACGCCCGACAACUUCAAGUCGCAAGUUACUUUAGACAUUGGCACGUCGUUCUCGAACGACCUGGAGGUAAAGAACAUCCUCGUCGAACACCUGCAGAAGUAUCAUUCCUUGGGCAGCAUCCAAGUGUAUCCCGACGAACUCACCUUCAGAGCGUUCCCAGUCAGGGAUGAGGGCAACGAGCAGGAAUGCGACUCCACCGAAUUGUUAUGUAGAAACGGUGCAUGCGUGCCAUUAGACUCCAGAUGCGAUGGCAUCCCUCAGUGCGAGGACGCCUCCGAUGAGAUCGGCUGUCCUGAAACGACACCGCAUGUUGAGUUAGUGACUGAAACGCUGUUCAGACAAGAGGGGAUCGACGAAGGAUCAGAUGAUAAUACGGAUGAUAAUACUUUAAGACCGGCACUAAACAAGUGUCGCGCAGACGACACGGUGCGCUGUCGUGACGGAAGUCGUGACAUUUGUUCCGUGCAACAAUGUGACGGUACGCCAGAUUGCGAUGACGGUGCUGACGAAGAGGGCUGUCCCCAUCCAGGCUGCAGUACCGGGGAAUUCGCUUGCGACGUCUCCAGGUGCAUUUUGGACUCCCAGCGUUGCAACUUCAUCGAGGAAUGUCAAGAUGGAAGCGACGAACACGACUGCAAUUACCCAGCCUGCACCCCGACCCAAUUCAAAUGCAAAAACAACCAAUGCAUCGACAGCGGCGAGCAUUGCAAUGGCGUCCAGGAUUGUCACGAUGGUUCCGACGAACUCAACUGCCCCUGCCGAGACGACCAAUUCGAAUGCACGCCGGGGUAUUGCGUGCCUAUGACCAAACGAUGCGACAGGUUCAGGGAUUGUAACGGUGGCGAGGAUGAGAGAGAUUGCGAAAAUAUGACACGGUGUCGACCGGACGAAUUCGAGUGCUCCAGCGGAGAUUGCGUCAGCCAGAACGCAAGAUGCGACGGACGUUCGGACUGUUUUGAUCGUUCCGACGAAUUCAAUUGCAGCGUGACCACGUGCAGCGCCGACCAGUUCCGGUGUAUCGAUGGGACUUGCCUGAGCAUCGACAAAAGGUGCAACCACGUCGUCGACUGUCGCAACGGGGACGACGAGAACCAGUGCGGUUGCGGAGAAGCUGAGUUUCGCUGCACGGAUGGCCGGUGCAUCGGUUACGAGUUGCAGUGCAACGGGAUGGAGGAGUGCUCUGAUGGCUCUGAUGAGAGGGACUGCGAACGGAAAUGCACGCCCACCCAGUUCAAAUGCCUCACCGGAAACAAGUGCAUCGAGGGUGUCUACAGGUGCGACAGCCAUCCGGACUGUCCAGAUCGCAGCGACGAAGAUUGCGCAAACGAAACCAUUACACACGCCACUCAGCCUACCAAUCAGCACUGGCCAGGCUUGUCGACCGAGAGAAAGAAGGAAUGCGAUCCGAGCAGGGAAAUGCGUUGCGAUGACGGCAUGUGCGUUCUACUUCGGCGCAAAUGCGACAAUAUCUUCGAUUGUCUCGACGGCAGUGACGAACGUGGUUGUGGGGUCUGUUCACCAGCCGAAUGGAAAUGUGCCAGUGGUGAAUGCAUAGCAGAAAACGAGAGAUGCGAUGACACGAUCCACUGUGUCGAUGGAUCUGACGAGACUGGAUGUGUGAGCGAAUGUCCGGCUGGAAUGUUUCGAUGCGACGACGGAUUGUGCCUCAACAGUAAGAGACGUUGCGACGGUCAGCCGCAUUGUUUGGACGGCUCGGACGAGAUCAAUUGCCACUGUCCCAAUGGCCAGCUUCCGUGCGACAACGGCAUCUGCAUCAACAGUAACUUCUUCUGCGACAACAACGUCGAUUGCCUCGACGGCAGCGACGAACGCGACUGCCACGAGACUGGGGGUAGCAGAGUUACAGAAUCUAUUAGAUGUCAUCAAAAUGAGUUCACCUGUCGGGAUGGAAGCUGCAUUCCAGCGUCCGCCGUCUGCGACGGACGACAGGACUGCCCUCACGAGGACGACGAGUUGAAUUGUCAUCGAGGUAUAAACACGUCGGAUAAAACCUCCUCGAGGAGACAUCCGGACACCCUGGUGGGGCUAACCCACGAGAACCAAGCUAGCAAGGGUUACAGUCAACCAUCGGCUAAUCCGAGCACGCCAAGGAGUUGUGCUCCGGAUGAUUUUGUUUGUGCUGACGGCACUUGCAUCCCUGAAAAUCAUCACUGCGACCAAUUCUACGAUUGCCGCGACUUUACCGACGAACAAUAUUGCUUCGGAUGUGGAAAGGAUCAAUUCCAAUGCACGAAUGGGGUUUGCAUCAGGUCUGAGCAGAAGUGCAAUGGUUAUAUAGACUGUGACGAUGGGUCUGACGAGAGAGAAGACUGUGAUGGUCGGUACCCCGCGCCUGCACGUUGUCCAGCUGGUUACAUCAUGUGCGUCAGUGACAAAAACUGUAUUCCUCAGUCCUCUAUGUGCGAUGGGGUACCAGAUUGUAGAGACAGAUCAGACGAACAGAAUUGCGAUACGUCUACAGAUCUGGCGCGCCUCAAUCUCAAGACAUAUCCCAGCGAGCAAGUAAUCAAAGAAACUCUGGCAAAGCAAGGUCGCGAAGUCGUCUUCCAGUGUCGAGACGAGAGUCCUCUUCGGGCCCAUGUGCGCUGGGUUCGUGGUGACGGUCUUCCUUUACCACCUGGCAGUCGAGACAUCGAUGGACGUCUGGAAAUGCCAAAUAUCCAAUUGGAUCACGCUGGGGCCUACGUUUGCGAAGCAAUAGGCUAUCCUCCAUCCGCGUUAGGCCGGCAAGUCACCGUUCACCUCGACGUAGAAAAGUUCGAUCCACCAGUGACCAGCAGAGCCACGUGCCAAUACGAAGAAGCAACUUGCAGCAAUGGAGACUGUAUCCCUAAAUCGUACGUAUGCAACGGUAGAUUGGACUGCACCGAUGGAUCGGACGAAAUGCGAUGCAGCCCCCAUGGUUGCCAGCCCAACGAGUUCCGUUGCAACAACACCGAGUGCGUGAGCAAAUUGUGGCGUUGCGACGGCGAUCAAGAUUGCGCCGACAGAAGCGACGAAGAAAACUGCGCGCCAUCACCGCCGAACUCCCCCUGCCGUUACUCCGAGUUCGAGUGCGCCAGUGGCCAGUGCAUACCGAAAGUGUACCAGUGCGAUCACGAGAAAGACUGCAUGGACGGCAGCGACGAGAUAGGAUGCUCCGGGGUGUACAUAGUACAGCCACCCCCACCGAUGGUUCACAUAGCUGAAGGAGCAGAUUUGUUGCUCGAGUGCAAGGCGAUCGGCGUCCCCGUGCCAGUGAUCAACUGGCGUCGAAACUGGGGUCACGUUCCUGUAAAGUGUACCAUGACGUCGGUAAAUGGAACAGGGACUCUGACAUGCUACAAUAUAGCCACUGACGAUGCGGGGGCGUACUCCUGCGAGGCGAUCAACAGCGGUGGCUUCGUAUUCGCGGUACCAGACGCGACCGUGAUUGUGGACAGGAGGUCUGAUUCCAUUUGCCCUAAGGGAACGUUCAACUCCGAGGCGAGAACAGCGAGCGAGUGCAUCUCCUGUUUCUGUUUCGGUGUGGCGACCGAGUGUCACAGCGCGAACCUGUUCACCUAUCAGAUACCUCCACCUUUCGACCGUCAUAAAUUUAAGGCCGUCGCCCAGUAUCCAGGUUUUCCAUUGCUCGGAGAUAUUAGUAGCCAACUGAUGGAAGUGGCAAGCAUAGGUCGGGACGGUGUUCAGCUGUCCGCGAUGGAGACGUUGUCGAACGAUGCGUUUGGCGUGAGAGCCGAGGAAAGGGUUACGUACUUCGCGUUGCCCGAGAACUACCACGACAGUCAGCUGAAGUCUUACGGAGGCUACUUGAAGUACAGAGUCCGUUACAAUGGCACUGGUUCGCCAAACUCGGCGCCAUCGGUCAUCAUCAGCGGGAACGACUACGUGCUGGUCCACAGAGACAGGCAAUUGGUACCGAGUUACGACAACGAGGAGUCCGUCAGGUUCUUCCAGGGCGAAUGGUACAAGCAAGAAGGUCACCACGAAAUUCCUGCAUCCAGGGGAGACAUCAUGAUGACGCUUGCACGAGUGGACUACAUUUUGAUCAAGGCCCAAUACGACGAUUCUCCGCACUUGGACGUCCGAAUCACGAACAUUGUAAUGGACACCGCCGAUGCGCGUAAUACUGGCUUAGGAUCCGCGUCCUACGUCGAGGAGUGUGAAUGCCCUUCCGGAUACAGUGGUCUGUCGUGCCAGCAGUGUGCUCCAGGGUUUCUAAGGCGCGAAUCCGGCCCGUGGCUUGGCCAGUGUUACCGAGACGAACAACCUUGCCCACCAGGGUAUUACGGUGAUCCCAUGAGGAACAUUCCCUGUCAAGUUUGCCCCUGUCCACUCACCAACCCGUCUAACCAAUUUGCUCGUACUUGUCACCUCGGCUCGGACGGACAACCGACCUGCGACUGUCCACCCGGAUACGUUGGACGUAGAUGCGAACAGUGCGACAUCGGAUAUACAGGCAAUCCUCUCAUACCUGGAAACAUGUGCGUUCGUGCUGGGCAAUGCGAUCCCGAUGGUAGUCACAGCGUGAUCGCGGAUCCUAAUACCGGACAAUGUCGAUGCAAGCAAUACGCGACGGGCCUCACUUGCAACCAAUGUAAGGCAAACACAUUUAAUCUGGCUUCGAAAAACCAAUUCGGCUGCAUCAGCUGCUUCUGCAUGGGUAUCACCAACCAAUGCGUGUCGUCUAACUGGUACAGAAACGACAUCCGAGUCUCCUUCACCAAUUCCGUUCGAGACUUUUCCCUCAUCGAGUCGAAGACCCCGGAUGCACCGCCUAUCGUGGACGGCAUUCAUGUAGAUACGAUAAAUCGCGAAAUCAUUUACAAUGACUUCCCGAGCCGUGGAACCAACGAUAUUUACUACUGGCAGCUGCCCAGCAUCUUCCUGGGCGAUCAGGUCACCUCUUAUGGUGGAAAUCUUCAGUAUACGAUUCGAUACGUUCCAUCACCCGGUGGUCACAGUUCGAGAAACAAUGCUGCCGACGUUGAAUUGAUCAGUGCCAACGAUAUUAAUUUGUUGUACUUCUCUGGUAAAUCUCCGGACUCGAACACGCUGCAAAACUUCACGGUUCCUUUGUUGGAGCAAUAUUGGCAGCGCAACGACGGAACGCAAGCCGACAGGGAACAUAUGCUAAUGGCUUUGGCCGAUAUACGCGCGAUCAGAAUCAAAGCCACCUACACGACUCAUACCGACGAAGCCGCAUUGUCCUUAGCGUCUCUGGACACGGCUGAGAAGCACAACACGGGAAGAAACCGUGCAGUCGAGGUGGAGGAAUGCAGCUGCCCGGUCGGUUACAAAGGACUAUCCUGCGAGGAUUGCGACAUUGGAUACACUAGAACCAACGAAGGCCUCUAUCUGGGUGUCUGCGAAUCAUGCAACUGCAACGGACACUCCAGACAAUGCAAUCCCGACACUGGAACGUGCGAGCGCUGUGAACACCAUACUACCGGAGACUCCUGCGAAGUCUGUGAGCCAGGAUACGAGGGCGACGCGACCCGGGGAACCCCGAACGAUUGCGUGUACAGAAAUAUGAGCACGUGCAAUUGUAACGUGGCCGGAUCGUACAGCGACGCGUGCAUCGGUGGACGAUGCGAAUGCAAACGAAACGUGGAGGGUCCUGAGUGCAACCGAUGCCGACCGUCCACGUUUGGACUGUCCGCGGAGAACCCUGAUGGAUGCAACGAGUGCUAUUGCAGUGGCGUAACCGAUCAAUGCCACGAGAGCUCGCUUUACGUGCAACAAAUACCGAUCUGGGUCUACGACACCCACCACGGAUUCACUCUCACCGAUGCCACGAGACAAGAGGUAAUCGACGACGACGUCUUCGAAUUGAACAUCGCUAUGAACGAGAUCGGCUACCGCUAUCCGGACAGUCGAGGUCGCAGUUUGUUCUGGUCACUGCCAUCUGUGUUCACCGGUAACAAGGUCAAAAGCUACGGUGGCAAUCUAACGUUGACCCAGCACAUCACCGCGUAUCCUGGUGCUCAAAGCUUUAAGGACCAAGACAUAAUUCUGAUUGGAAACGGAAUCACUCUGUUCUGGACAAACCCUACGGAAAUCCAACCCGAUGUACCAUUAACAUACUCGGUGCCACUGAGGGAAUCGGAAUGGAAACGUCUGAGCAUGGAAGGGCUCCGCGUAGCCUCUCGCAUCGACCUUAUGACCGUACUCUCAAAUCUCGAAGCGAUCCUAGUUCGUGCUUCUCACAGCGAAAGAAUGACGGCCACUUAUAUUAGUGACAUCAGCCUCGAUACGGCCGUAGAUCAUGUAACUGGACACAAACGAGCGGUCCAAGUAGAAGUUUGCCGCUGUUCGCCCAGCUACGUAGGAACGUCCUGCGAGUCCUGUGCUCGAGGCUAUUACAGAGACAUCAGCAAUCGAUCUGUUAGUUACCUGGGAUCCUGCACUCCGUGUCCUUGCAACAACAACGAAGAAAGCUGUGACGUUUCCAGAACCGGUCAAGUAAAAUGCCAUUGCCAGUCGGGAUACACUGGCCAAUAUUGCCAAGAUACCGGUGAACUGAUGGUAAGUCUAACGCCAAUGACGGGCGAAGUAAAGCCACAUACGUGGACACUGUUUACGUGCAGUUACGAGUCCACGGAUCCAUUCUAUAUCUAUUUUAAACUAUCGCCGUUUCGUGACUCGCCCUUAACCGCAUCCAGUGCCACGCCUAACCCCAUCGUGAGGAGCAAAACAGGAGCCUCGCGUACCUGGCACGUUUACGUGCAGGAAGAUCCCUGCAACGUGGAGUGCUACAUCCAGGACCCAAACGGCAAAGACCUGAUCAAAGUUGUGACGUCGGUUACACCAGAGACGACCCCCCUGCCACCCAACGUACAUCCACCAAAGAUUAUAGUGUACAUCAAGGGGCCAGAGAUCCAAAUCGUUGAAACGGGAAGCACAGUUAGAUACCACUGUUCUGGAAGGGCUGUGGACAAUGGAUCCGUGCACGUUAGAUGGGAGAAAGAAGGUGGCUACUUGCCCCCUGAACGAAGCGUGGACGACAACCGUGGUUUACUAAUCAUUCGAGACGUGAUAGUAUCGGACAGUGGUAUCUACGUUUGCCAAGUUAGCGAUGGCGUACACGUUGCAUUGAAAAAUGUCACCCUUACCGUUGGAGCGUUUCCGAAAAGCUUAUUAGAGAUCCCAGGUGCACAGCCAACCGCGCCAAGAGCCACCGUUAUGCCGACAUCUUUGCAAGUAAUUGAAGGGGAGUUCGCAGAAUUCCGUUGCGAGGCAGGCGGGUAUCCGUCGCCUCAAAUUGACUGGAUUCGGGUCCACGGUCCCAUGAAUCCGGAAGUGACCAUCGAUAACGGAGUCUGGACGCUUCGAGCGGUGUCGAAGAACGACGAAGCCGAGUACAAGUGCGUCGCCAGGAAUAACGUAGGCAUAGAUGAAAAGACGGUUGUUCUUUACGUGAAAGAUAAUCCCAACAAGUCACCGCCAACCGAUAUAGCGCCCGUCAUAACUCCGCCAGAAUGGACCGGCUCGGUCGGAGAUGUGAUUAGGAUAACGUGCACCCCGUCUCAGUCUGCCAACGUCACGUGGACCAGGAACGGGUACUUGCCUAUGCCCACCACGUCCACUCAGAUCGACGGUGUGCUCACCAUCAUGCAUCCAACUCAGCACGAUUCAGGCAUUUACGUGUGCACGGCCACCAGUUACUACGGAACGGAAACGAGCAGCUUCAUCAACAUAAUCGUGAUGCCUCGCAGACCAGCGCCCUCCGUAAAAGUGAUGCCCGAUAUGCAAACCGUUCCGCAAGGUACCACAGCGGAAAUACGAUGCUUCGUGAACGGAGAAUCGGAAGCGCAAAUUACAUGGAACAAGUACCUGCAACAGCUGAACCCCAACGCAGAACACAUAGGCGACACUCUGAGGAUUCCUAACAUCCAGAUUUCCGAUCGUGGUGUCUACAUCUGUCGCGUAACCGGACCGAGUGGUAGCCACGAGGCUAGCGGCAUCAUCGAAGUUGAACCUCGCGAGGUUCCGCUGGUGGAAUUGUAUCCGAAAGACCCGCAGACGGUAAUUCUGGGUGGAUCGGCCGAUUUGCAUUGCCGAGCAAUAGCUGGAACACCAACACCACAGCUGCACUGGUCUCGUCAGGAUGGCAGACCGUUCCUUUCCAACGUUAAGCAGCUUUCCGGCGGUGUUCUUAGAUUCACGAACAUUACGAACGCCGACAAUGGAGCGUACGUCUGUUCCGCGGCGAAUUCGGUUGGCUCCACGUCGGCAGCAACUUACAUAGAGGUGCAGUCCAUGCCUGAGAUCACUAUUUCGCCCUCGUCUGGAAUGCUGAACGUUAAACGCGGCGAGAUGGUGCGACUGGUUUGCAGCGCGACUGGCACCCCUACUCCCAAGGUCGAAUGGGUUAGACACGUGAACGGAAUGAUGCCUUACCCGGAGUUUAAAAUGGCCAAGGAUACUCCUCUCAGCGCCGUUUACGAAAUAGCCUCUAUCUCCGACGACGACGAAGGCUCGUACACUUGCCACGCGAUGAACACUGCAGGAAUGGUCGAAGAACGGGUUCAUAUUCGCAUAGACGACGAUAACGAGGUUUACCCGCCCUGCAGAGGAGACGUGCCAUGCCACAGACCCCCUGAGCAUCCGGACCGCUAUCCCGAUCCCGAUAAUCGCCGUGAUCCUAACGGAGAAGCCUUGAUCCCGGUGGAUGAAUCCAAGAUACCCAUUGGUGGCAGAGUGGAGAUGCGCUGUCGAGUGUACGCGUCGAAUGGUAACGAUAUUCGCGUGGAUUGGAGGAGGAGCGACCAUCGUCGCAUGCCACAUGGUCACACGGUUCACAAUGGUCUACUCAUCAUUCCUGGCGUGGAUAAGAGCGCCGCUGGGGAGUACAUUUGUCUGGGCAUGGAUCAAACUGGAAAUAUCCUGUUCAAAGCAAAGUCUCUUCUCAUAGUGCAAUCGCCGCCCAGAAUCGUGUUGAAUCCGCCUCGACAGACGGUUGGUCUCGGUGAAAAUCCCUCGAUCGUUUGCAGCGCAACUGGAGACGAACCGAUGACCAUCGAGUGGGCAGCCAUAGGACGUAGUCUUCCACAUGGUGUUCCCCAUAAUAGUAGCGUAUUACAGUUCCAUGGAAUCACUUACGACGACGCUGGGAAAUACGUCUGCAAGGCGAUGAACGCUGCAGGAACCGCCGACGCUGUGGCUGAGGUUCUAGUGAACGAAAACUCCUACGAGGGCACGCGCGUUCAAGCAGCUCAGAAGGACGUGGUCGCUUAUGUUGGUAACCCUGUACAUUUGCGAUGCAUCGCGCGAGUACAGGCGGAGAUACACUGGUCCAGGGAGGGGCAACCAUUGCCUUCGAACGUCAGGAAAGGAAAGGAUUACCUGGAGCUGCCACACGCCAGGCCCGAGGACAGCGGAAGAUACAUUUGCCAGAUCCAAACUCCUCACGGAGUGUCCAGCGAUUAUAUAAAUCUGAAUGUCUCCCUAGUUAAUUUGCCCCCGGAUUGCAUGCGAGCGAACCAAACGCAAUGCGGGCAAAAAAAGUGCAUAUGCGGCGAUCGAGGAUGCAUACUCUUGGAUUACUCUUGCUACGAUAUUCAGUACUACAACGAUAGCGGUGACUACUACUACGACGUCCUGAAAAGCCAUUAUCUUCAGCAACGACGUGCUACCAACGUACCCAGGAUCAGCGUCGAAGUGUCUCAAGAUCCGGUCAACAUCGGAGAUACCAUCACUAUCCGUUGCGACUAUUCCGGCACCCACACUCCUCGUUACCACUGGUCCAGAGCAAAUCAUCCCAGUUUGCCAGCGAAUUCACAACGGCACGAUAACAGUUUAAGACUGACCGACGUCACCGUCGACAACAGCGGAUACUACACGUGCACAGCAGAGACGCCGGAAGGCAUUUUCAAACAGGACUUCAAUCUCGUCGUCCACGGUGGACACAACGACGAACCAGCAAUUGAAACCAAAUACGCGCCUUACGGAUCCAGCGUCGAGAUGAACUGUCGCCCUAAUCUCGAUCCGCCGCUUAAAUUCCAAUGGAGCAAACUUGGUGGUGUUCUACCACACGACACUUUUGAGAGCAAAUUGAAUCUGACUAACGUAAAGGCCGAAGAUGCAGGAACGUACAUCUGCACCGUGAACAACGAUCUCGAAAGCAUCGAAAUACCGACUGUGCUGGUCGUGACAGGGGUGGUUCCGUACUUCAGCCAGGCGCCGGAGAGUUUUAUUGCCCUGCCACCAUUGCCAGAUUCCUACUUGAAGUUCAACAUCGAAGUGUCCUUUAAGCCUGAAAGCUACGACGGUAUUAUUUUGUACAACGACGAGUCGAACAGCGGAGACGGUGACUUCAUCAUGCUGUCACUGGUGCGAGGAUAUCCGCAAUUUAGUUUCGAUCUUGGCUCUGGACCAACCGUCAUUCACGCGGACGAGCCCGUGUCCCUGAGCGAAUGGCACACGAUCAAACUCCAACGCAAUAGAAAGGAAGGAACGAUGCUGGUCGACGGAGACGGUCCAUACAAAGGCGUAGCCUCUGGCAGAAGGCAGGGAUUGGAUUUGAAGAAGUUGCUGUUCGUGGGCGGCGUUCCUAAUUACAAUAUAAUCAACAAACACGCGGAGAUCACCACUGGUUUUGUCGGCUGUAUCAGUAGAUUAGUUAUCGGGAACAAGGAGAUAGACUUGAACGGCAACCAGGCAAACAGCAUCGGGAUCACGAACUGCGAAACGUGCGCUGAGAAUCCAUGCAACAACGGCGGAGUCUGCCAAGAAGCUGCUACCAAAACUGGAUACACGUGUCUAUGUCGAGCUGGCUAUAGCGGGAAAUACUGCGACUACCUCGGCCAGUCCUGCUUUCCAGGCGCUUGCGGAGAAGGCAAUUGCGUAGACAAAGAAACGGGCUUCGAGUGUUACUGCCCGUACGGAAAAACGGGCCCUCGAUGCGAGAACUCGAUGAAAAUCUACGAGCCAGCUUUCCACGACGAUAAGUCUUUCAUCGCUCAUGAUACCCCGAAAGCCCUUCGACGGUUGAAAGUGGCGCUAAACUUCAACCCUCUGGACAAUAAGGACGGCAUCCUGAUGUACUGUUCCCAAAGCGACGAAGGACUCGGGGAUUUCGUGGCGCUUGUCGUCAAGAACAGACACGUCGAGUUCCGUUACGACAUUGGUUCCGGCCUGGCGAUCAUUAGGUCGUCUCACGUUCUUCAACCUGGCGUGUGGACACACGUGUCGAUAAACAGAGACUUUAAAGAAGGGAAUCUGACCGUAAACGGAGAACCCACCGUCGGAGGCAAGUCUCCAGGUACUGCACGCACCAUGACACUUUACACACCACUAUACAUCGGCGGUGUUGAUCGCAGAAGAAUCACAGUGAAUAAACAUGCUGGCGUCGAUCGUGCUUUCCGUGGUUGCAUCAGUGAUCUUGGAGUCUCUUCAAUGUCCGUCGACAUCCUAAAAUCGGCGAUAGAUUCCGCCAACAUUGACGACUGCAAUGUUUUACACCCAAAUCAAACGAAACUGGCUACUUUGGUCACUACACAGCCGUCCACAACAACGCCCUACAAUCCCUGCACAUCGAAUCCAUGUGUCCAUGGCAUGUGUCAGAGCACAGACUCAUACGACUACUCCUGUACCUGUGAAUACGGAUACGUGGGCAGAAAUUGCGAAAAUAUCCUAAAACAAUGCGAACUCCUCCUUCCCUGCAAAAACGAGGGGUCAUGCACGGAUCUCCAUGGAUCCUACAAGUGCGACUGCCGACUCGGUUACAAUGGACAGAACUGUGAAAAAUCGGCAGAGAUAACAUACGAUGUCGCGUUCACGGGAGACGGUUGGUUGGAAUUGGACAGAUCUGUAAUUAAUCAUAACGAGGAACGUGAGCUCAUAGGCUUUGAGAUCUCCACUAACAAAACUAGAGGACUGAUCAUGUGGCACGGACAAUCGCCAAAUGAUCUGAAUCCCGAUCAUUACAUGGCCCUUGGAGUCGUUGAUGGAUACGUGGAAUAUCAGUACAAUUUGGGCACCGGACCGGUCAAGAUUCGCGUUACUGCUCAGAAGGUGGACGACGGAGAACGGCACAGAAUAAUUCUGAAACGCCGUGGUAGCGACGGUAGCAUCGAACUGAAUGGCGAACACAUGGAAAAUGGCGCCAGCUACGGUACCGAGCACGAUUUGAACACCAGGGGCAACGUUUUCUUGGGAGGAGUGCCCGAUUAUGCGAUGACCUACGGGAAAUAUCACGAAGGGUUCUCCGGUUGCAUUUACACCAUGGAAGUGCAAGACUCCGGUGCCAUCGACAUCGGUGAAAAAGCCAUACGAGGGAAAAACGUUUCACCGUGCACAAGAGCAAGAUGGAUUCCGUCUUCCUUGGUAUUUACCGACGCAGACACGGACAUCUUCGACGCGUUUGUCCCCCCGCCCCCUGUAAACAUUAUCCACCCGAAGCCAGCGGCCAAUCUGGCUGCUUAUAAUAUCAAACAUUACUCGUUGUUGAUCCUACUACAAAAUCUGCUCGCCUUCGCCAUGGACGUGCGGGAGCAGAGCUUGUUUUUUACAGUAUUAUGCAUAGACACCAUAAAUGCUAUAAAUUUUGUAUUAAGUUAA